GGUGAGGAGGUGGAGGAGGAGGAGGAGGAGGAGGUGGCGGCGAGAAGAUGGCGACUUCGAACAAUCCGCGGAAAUUCAGCGAGAAGAUCGCGCUGCACAACCAGAAGCAGGCAGAGGAGACGGCGGCCUUCGAGGAGGUCAUGAAGGACCUGAGCCUGACGCGGGCCGCGCGGCUCCAGCUCCAGAAGUCUCAGUACCUGCAGCUGGGCCCAAGCCGUGGCCAGUACUACGGCGGGUCCCUGCCUAACGUGAACCAGAUCGGGAGUGGCACCGUGGAUCUGCCCUUCCAGCCCAGCGGAUAUCUGGGGGAGGCCCUGGCAGCGGCUCCUGUCUCUCUGACACCCUUCCAGUCCUCGGGCCUGGACACCAGCCGAACCACCCGGCACCACGGGCUGGUGGACAGAGUAUACCGAGAGCGUGGCCGGCUCGGCUCCCCACAUCGCCGGCCCUUGUCAGUGGACAAACAUGGACGGCAGGCGGACAGCUGCCCAUACGGCACCGUGUACCUCUCGCCGCCCGCGGACACCAGCUGGAGAAGGACCAAUUCUGACUCUGCCCUGCACCAGAGCACAAUGACACCCACCCAACCAGAGCCCUUUACGGGCGGGUCCCAGGAUGCACACCAGAAAAGAGUCUUACUAUUAACAGUCCCAGGAAUGGAGGAAACCACAUCGGAGACAGAUAAGAAUCUUCCCAAGCAAGCAUGGGAUACCAAGAAGACGGGGUCCAGGCCCAAGUCCUGCGAGGUCCCCGGGAUCAACAUCUUUCCAUCCGCUGACCAGGAAAACACUACAGCCCUGAUCCCCGCCACCCACAACACAGGGGGCUCCCUGCCUGACCUGACCAACAUACACUUCCCCUCCCCCCUCCCGACCCCACUGGAUCCUGAGGAGCCCACCUUCCCCGCGCUCAGCAGCUCCAGCAGCACCGGCAACCUUGCGGCCAACCUGACUCAUCUUGGCAUCGGCGGCGCCAACCAGGGAAUGAGCACGCCAGGCUCCUCACCACAGCACCGUCCAGCUGGCGUCAGCCCAUUGUCCCUGAACACAGAGGCAAGGAGACAGCAGGCCCAGCAGGUGUCGCCCACCCUUUCCCAGCUGUCACCCAUCACUCAGGCUGUGGCCAUGGAUGCCCUGUCUCUGGAGCAGCAGCUGCCCUACGCCUUCUUCACCCAGGCGGGCUCCCAGCAGCCACCACCGCCACAGCCACAGCCCCCUCCACCACCACCACCUGCGUCCCAGCAGCAGCCGCCCCCGCCACCCCCACAGGUGCCCGUCGGCCUCCCCCCAGGCGGCCCCCUGAUGCCAAGCGCCAGCCUGACGCGGGGGCCCCAGCUGCCCCCGCUCGCGGUCACGGUACCGUCCUCUCUCCCCCAGUCCCCCCCAGAGAACCCAGGCCAGCCGCCGAUGGGGAUCGACAUCACCUCGGCGCCGGCUCUGCAGCAGUACCGCACUAGUGCCGGCUCCCCGGCUAACCAGUCUCCCACCUCACCUGUCUCCAAUCAAGGCUUCUCCCCCGGGAGCUCCCCGCAACACUCCUCCACCUUGGGCAGCGUGUUUGGGGACUCGUACUAUGAGCAGCAGAUGGCGGCCAGGCAGGCCAAUGCUCUGUCCCACCAGCUGGAGCAGUUCAACAUGAUGGAGAACGCCAUCAGCUCCAGCAGCCUGUACAGCCCGGGCUCGACGCUCAACUACUCGCAGGCGGCCAUGAUGGGCCUCACGGGCAGCCACGGGAGCCUGCCAGACACACAGCAGCUUGGCUACCCCAGCCAUAGCAGCAUCCCCAACAUCAUCCUCACAGUGACGGGAGAGUCCCCUCCCAGCCUCUCUAAAGAACUGACCAGCACACUGGCCGGGGUCGGUGAUGUCAGCUUCGACUCGGACAACCAGUUCCCCCUGGACGAACUCAAGAUUGACCCCCUGACCCUGGAUGGACUGCACAUGCUCAACGACCCCGACAUGGUCCUGGCCGACCCGGCCACCGAGGACACCUUCCGGAUGGACCGUCUGUGAGCUGCACACCCGGCACAUCGCCGCCCAGCCCCCGGCUCCAUCACCCCGCCGGUCAGUGGUCCCGACGGCGUCUCCCUGAGCCCAGGGACGGCCGCGCUCCGUCCUUCGCAAACGGCCGAGCUUGUGAUUCUGAGCUUGCAAUGCCGCCAAGCGCCCCCUGCCCACCCGCCCGCCCCCCAGCUGUCCACCUCCCUUGGGAGGCCGCGUGUCACCCCCGCGGAGACUCCCUGCGCGUGCUCUCUCGCCCCCCACCCUGGGCCAUGAGCCGUCCCCCUGUAAAAUGCGGAAAGCGUGUUGGGGAGGGCCGCCGGCCUGGAGGGGGCGCUGUGGUCCACGGCGGCGGUGGGCUGAGGUGCAUUUUCCGACUGUUGUCCAGCUCUCACUGCCUUCCUUCGUUCCUGGUCCCCCGACCUGCCCGCCACCCCCAGCCCGAGGUUAGGUAGAGAGCCAGCCCCACCCUGCCAAGGGGAGAAGGCACCAGAGAGAGGGGCAGACACAAAGCGAAAUAAACACUAUUUUGACUGCUGUCUUUUAUAUUUCUGAGCACAUUCAGAGAAUGCUAGAAUCCAUCCCAUGGAGGUAGAAUAUAAAAGGUGUGAACAGAGCAUGCAAAGCAGCUAAAUCUUCCUGGGGCCCUUGCUCCCGCUUUGCCCACCCCCAGCCAGGUCCCUCUGUGGCCGCCUUUGCCCUGAAAGUGAAGCGCCCGGCCAGGACGAAAGGGCCUUCCAGGGGAUGCAUGUGGAGGCAGGGGUUGUUUCUGGGGGUUGUUUUCAUCUCUCAACCUGUUUUCAUCUUUUCUUCUCUGUACCUUGGUCACUGUCACUGUUAUUUAAAGAAUGGGGUGGGGAGGGGGCGGCCAGGGCAUUUUUGUUGUGUUAUUGUUUGUUUGUUUCUUUUGGUUUGUAUUUACACUUUGGUUGUAGACAAGUAGCUGACUCUUUUGAUCCAAUACUUGCCUGAGAGCAUGUUUUUAUUCCAGAAAUCCCAUGUUAUAUAUUUUUUAAGCUAACUGGAAGCAGUCUGCUGCCUGCCCGGAUCUGAGCUGUGUCUCUGGCCGUUUUAGCUAAGGCCCACAUUAUCUCAAAACGGAAGGGCUGAGUGAGGGCGGAUUGGGCCUGGUAGGCUCUCUGGCAGAAGCUUGAGGUGGCUAGAGGUGCCUCCGCUCCAGCCACGUGAGAGGCAGAAUUCCAGGAGGGAGCCACGGCUUUUAUUAAGGGUCUCUCCGAGACCCAGCUCUGCCUGGCCAUCCUCAAGGUGCCCGCUGGUCUUCAGGGAGGACUAGUCCCAGACCCCGAGACUGGUGGCAACUGCAGCCCCUCUGUCCUGACAUCCCCAAGAUGAGGCUGUCCUCUUGCCCCCCACCCCGAGAGCCAGCUGACAUUCGUCCCCUUCAGCUACCCCUUUCAUGGUUCCUCCCGGCAGGGCUGGAUUCGGGGGGCAAAGAGCAGUGUUGUCGUAGCGGGAGGUUUCCAGGUGCCUCUUGAAGUGCCUCCGGAGGCCGUGGUGACCAUCAGGGCUCGGCCACCGUGCCGGGGGCUGUCCCUGUACCCUCCAGGCCCCGGGAGGGGUGACGGGGCUGUCUUUGUUUUCCGUCAGCUGCUCUGAAAUAGGAACUUCUGUUGCAGUCCCUCCGAAGCCGCAUCCUGAGCUCUUGCUGGCUCCUUGGCCUGCAGGCCGGGCCCGCACCUUCUGCUCGGUGUGAUUCUUCUCUGUGGCGUCGCAGCCACUGCCUCUGGGUCUCAAGAGCCCUCGCCUCUGUCCGUGGGAGCCAGAUUUGAUCUAAUGACAUCCAUCUCUCUUGUUCCUGGGCCGGGCUGUUAGCACGUGGCCAAGUGACUGGGCUGCCACAGGUGUAAGAAGGCCCCCUCCUCAGUCAUUUGGCCCCUGAUACCCUCGUCUGGGCUAAGGGACACGGGGUUAGUCCGGGGUUAGUCCGUCCAGGUCAAGGGCCCAGCCUCUUACUGAGGUAGGGGCUGGGAGCAAAGAGUGAGACUUUUUUUUUUUUUUUUUUUUUUUUUUUUUAAGAAAACUACAUGUACAUAGAAGAGUUUGAUUACCAUUAGACUUGUAUGUAGAACUUUUUAAAAAAUGGCCUUAAUAAAAUUAUAAACCUUCCUGGAUGCAAUUUUCAAACAAGGCAUCGUGGACCCCAUGUGGGAGCCUCGUCAGCCCGUAUUUCCUGUCUGCCCGGCACCCAGUUCUCAGUGCAGAUGGGCAGGAGAGGGAGGGUGUCCACCCCUGCAGCCUGUUUCCAGCAUCCUCUUGGCCAGGGGCACAGGCGACAUUGUAUUUACAUGGCCACUUCGGCUCAUGAGGGGCAUAGGUGCAGUUUUCCCAGGGAGGGGGUCCCAGCCAGGAGCCAGUGGCCAGGCAUCCCUGUGUCCUCAAAGGGUUCAUACCCCUGCCUGGGCCUGGGCAGACCUCCUGAGGUCUGCAACAGGGGAUUUUGUUUAUUUCUUAAAUAUUGCUUCUCUACUAAAUAUUCUUGAAUUGCCAAGACUUCCUGAAACAGGACAGCCUAAGGGAACCAGCCCUUUAACUUGUGAUGUGAAAAUACUGUGAUUUCAGGCGAGCUGCGCCGUGAGGGGGUGGGCCGGGGCCCCUGAAUAUUGUAUAUAGACCCCGCCGCCUGUGUCCUCGCUCGCUCGUUCUGGACAGGCCUGGAUGCUCAGCCCACAUGAAGUCAGAGGCUAGGCCUGUCUGUCCCCCCACCGCUGCCCCCUGAGUGCUCCUGAUUUCAGUCCCCUACAGCUGUGCGAAUUUCUGCCCCAGGAACACAAACCGAACAGUGUGUUCCCACCUGCCUCAGUUUACCCUCUGUCCUCCAAGCCCCCAGGGCAAUGAGUUUAUUACCCCCACAGAGGCUGUGGGCCAAAGUAGAGCCCGGGAUCAGCCCCUCUCUGUGUCCUUCAGAGAAGAGGGUUUAUGCCACCACCCAUCAAAGUCACCCCCCACACGCAGUGUCCAGGGCUGAUGUGGGGGAGGAGAAGGGGUCUUGUCGGGAUCGUGUUCCCUGUCACAGGUACCCAUGCCAACCUCCUUCCCCACUAC